CAUCGAACGCACUACUCCCCUUUAAACCAAGGAUGAUUAAUCGACCUCCGAAAGACGGCGCGGGUUGUGCACUUUACGUAGCCCCGCUGGAAGCGCCCGUGUCACUGACGGUCAGCUGGCGGAGGCGCUCGGCACCCGAAGUACUCGAAGUACUCGAAGCACCCGAGCGACCCGAGCAGCACGCCGAUGCCGCGGGGAUCCAGCCCGGACUUGCUGCCAGGAUGGAUUUCAGCGUGAAGAAGCUCGCCUCGGACGCCGGAGUGUUUUUCACCCGCGCCGUGCAGUUCACGGAGGAGAAGUUGGGACAGGCAGAGAAGACGGAGUUGGAUGCCCACUUCGAGAACCUCCUCGCUCGCGCCGACACCACGAAGAACUGGACGGAGAAGAUCUUCCGACAGACCGAAGUCCUUCUGCAGCCCAAUCCGAGUGCCCGGAUCGAGGAGUUCCUCUACGAGAAGCUCGACAGGAAGAUCCCAUCACGCGCCACCAAUGGAGAGCUACUGGGACAGUACAUGCUCGAGGCGGCCACAGACUUUGGACCCGGAACGCCGUACGGAAGUACCCUGAUAAAGGUGGGCGAAUGCCAGAGACGACUGGGCGGGGCCGAGCGCGAGUUCAUGCAGACGGCUUCGGUCGCCUUCCUCGGUCCGCUGCGCAACUUCCUGGAAGGCGACUGGAGGACCAUCUCUAAAGAGCGCCGCCUGCUGGAGAACCGCCGGCUGGAUCUGGAUGCCUGCAAGACUCGCUUGAAAAAGGCAAAGGCAGCAGAAGCCAAAGCUGCGUGCUUGCCUUUGAUUGGUUAUGAAAUCAUACUCUACUCAUUCUGCGCCUCUUCUCUGGCAAGUGCCCCUCUGGCUACGCCUGAUUUUCAGGAGACUAGACCCCGUAAUUAUGUUCUGUCUGCCAGCGCUGCCGCGCUCUGGAGUGAGGAGGUGGACAAAGCGGAGCAGGAGCUGCGUGUGGCCCAGACCGAGUUUGACCGCCAGGGAGAGGUUACACGGCUGCUGCUGGAGGGAAUCGGCAGCACACACGUGAACCACCUGCGCUGCCUUCAUGAGUUUGUGGAAGCCCAGGCCGUCUACUAUGCCCAGUGCCACCAGUACAUGGAGGACUUGCAGAAGGAGCUGGGAAGUUCUAAUGGAGAUGGAUUCCAAAAUAUCUUUGCCGUUAACACCUCCUUUGGGUCCCCCUCGGCCGGCUCCCCAGGUGCCGACGCGCUGAGGGUGGAGGAGGUAAAACCACCACCAGCCGGGACGCGUAAAGCCAAGGUGCUGUACGACUACGACGCCGCGGACACCAGCGAGCUGUCCCUACUGGCCGAUGAGCUCAUCACUGUGUACACUGUGCCGGGCAUGGACCCCGACUGGCUCGUCGGGGAGAAGGGCAACCAGAAGGGCAAAGUGCCCGUCACGUACCUGGAGCUGCUGAGCUAACGAGGAGGCGCGGAUUUUGUGUGUGUGUGUGUGUGUGUGUGUGUGUGUGUGUGUGUGUGUCCGUCCCGUCCCACCCCGGACUGACAGUCACACAUGAGCACUAGCAAUACAUGGACUCAGGCACACAAACACUCGCGCACUCAUACACUCACAGACAGACUGACAAAAGGCAAAGACCCCGAAAAACUGACAGUAGUUGCAAAAACGAACACCAAUUAUGACCAGGACACUCAAGGUGUUUACGUGGUCAAAUGCUCUUUGGGUUUUCUGAGUUUUUAUUAUUAUUGAUGAUGAUUUUUUUUUUUUUUUUUUUUUCUUCUUUAUUUAAAUUCUUGAUUUUUAUCCCAGGAUCAAGGUGUAACUCGAGGGCCCGUCAAGACCUGCCGAUCUUGUCCAGGUCGGGAUCACAGCUUCGUCUGCUUUGUCCGAUAUAGCGACGCUAACGUUCCCUUCUCGGCUUAGUGGCGGUGCCCAUCAGCGCCACCUACAUUCUAGGCUUCCAGUGCAGUCGCAUGCCUCCAAAUGUGCAGUGUGUGCUCGGCGCGCUCGAUUAGCGUCGUCCGUCAGCCUCUCCUCACGCGUAUUCUAAUGACCUGCCGACUGGCGUCAGUUUGUUGCCUUAAUUUACCAGGAGAGCUUUCUGGAACUAACCACCACCGAGCAGAGAGGAUUUUUUUUUUUUUUUUUUUUUGGUGCGGACCUCCAUUUUGGCUUUGGGCCACUUUGACGGCAAGAAGCCCUUAACCGUGUGGUCAAAGCCUGGUUCAGCUGAGCUUCUGCUGCUUUCCCUUCAUUGUGUUUAUCAAUAUUAACAUACUCUGCAGACACUUUAAAAUAAGUGCUUCUUGAUCACACUGAGUAUAUUGUAUAUCGUAAAAUAUUAAAGCAUCAAAAUGGGUCUCCACACAUGUAAGGAGUUUUUAAUGGGUGGAGCUGCAUAGUAAGUGAUACACCUCAGGUUGAAUAUGGGUAAAAGAAUGUAAAAGUUCAUCUUUGGGGGAAUUUUAAAAUCCCAAACUUUUUUAAAAAAUUUCUUUAAGGUGAUUUUUAACAUUCCAGGGCUGCACACAGUACUACUGAGUGGUAACGGCACAUCCCACUGCUUACCGUGCAUUGUGUUCUUGUUUCUUAACACAAUUUUUGCCUAAUAAUCGGCAGUCACCGAAAAACCAGUGUUUCACUAGCAAAACGGAUUCGACUUGCUCUAUGUGGUGUGAUUUUUAUUUUUUUUUAUUUUUAUUUUUUUUUUGUGUUUGUGUCGUCUUAAACAUGCGAAAGGUUAUUCCCAACUGUAACAGACCAUGUUGUGGGUGGGGUCUAUCCAGGGAUGUGCUGGUAACUAUGGCUAUGGACUGUGAAGGAAGCUGAGGCAGCAGGACGGAUGCUUCAUCCCUCUCCUGUCUACAGAGCAACUGGGGAUUUUCUGAAGACUGACUGAAUAUCCAACUUGACCAAAACUUAAAAAAAGGGGGGGGGGGGAAGGUUGCCCGUUCUUUACUGUGAGUUAUUUAAAGAUCUUUUGCUAUAAGAGAUGAAGGCCUAUGGUACAGUAUCUGCAGGAGUUUGUGACUUGAUGAAUCCCAAAACUGGAGUGAAAUUUUUUUUUUUUAAAUUUAUUCAAUCUGCAGUUGAUGUGUACCCUUUGAGUCUUUGUCCCUUGGGUUCCCAUUACAGCAGCUGUGUCCCUGUCCUAUGUAUCCUUCUCUUGGGCCUCCUGCAUUCUGCUUGGUCUUUCCAUUCCCUUUCCUUCUUGGUUUUUACUGUAUUUAUUGCCUGUUGCAACACAAUGUGUAAUGCAUUGAUGAAAGUAGAACAUAAUAAAACAUAACUACUA